AUGCAAACCAAGCUUAUAAGGUGGAUCAUUCUUUUACAAGAAUUUGACUUGAAGAUUGUUUAUAGAAAAGGCGCGGAGAAUAGUGUAGCCGAUCAUCUUUCAAGAAUGAGGAUUGAAGAGAGCUUGCCCAUUGAUAACUCGCUACCAGAAGAGAGAGUUUACUCCGUCAAUGCAGUUCCAAUCACUAGAGUACAAGCCGUGCCGCAACCCGUCCCAGAGAAAAGGAAUUCCUUCGGCACACCUUGGUAUCGCCAAAUAGCCAACUAUCUAGCAGUUUGCCAAGAUGGGAUGUUUAGAAAGUGUGUGCCGGAAGAAGAAGUUGAAGUUGCUGGAAUCCUCCACGGCUGUCACGGUUCAGCCUACACCGGCCAUUUUGCCACUUUCAAGACAGUCUCUAUGGUCUUACAAGCCGGAUUCUGGUGGCCUACAAUGUUCAAGGAUGCCCAAACAUUCAUCUCAAAAUGUGAUGCUUGCCAAAGAAUGGGAAACAUAAGCAAGAGGAACGAAAUACGACAAGACUUCAUUUUAGAAGUUGAGGUGUUUGAUGUAUGGGGGAUUGACUUCGUGGGACCCUUUCCCACGUCUAUUGGGGACCAAUACAUUCUUGUAGCAGUUGACUAUGUGUCAAAAUGGGUUGAAACCAUAGCCGCUCAAACGAAUGAUUCUAGUGUGGUGAUCAAAAUGUUCAAGUCCAGUGGCGGACCUACAUGA